CUCUUUCACGCGGAAGGCGGAAGAAGUGAGCCUUAAUCUGUCCGCUGCCAUGCCUGAUCUGAACCUAUAUAAAAAGGUUCUGUUCGGUUCUGUCACAGUCGGAGUGGUUUUUGUCACAGGUUAUCUAUUUGGAAAAAAGAAACUACCCAGAAUGAGCAUCUCCAAAAGUCACACGGCGGGGAGAAACGACCCACUGAUGCAGUAUGUGCUCAAUCACUCCUUAAGGGAGCAUCCAGUUCUCAAGAAGCUCCGACUGAGAACGAUGGAAGACCCUCGAAACAUCAUGAUGGUUGCCUGUGAGCAGUCGCAGUUCAUGGCCAAUCUGGCAAAACUCAUUCAGGCCAAGAAGGCAAUAGAGAUUGGGGUCUACACGGGCUACAACACACUGAGCGUGGCGCUGGCCCUGCCCGAGGACGGCGUCGUGGUAGCAUGUGACAUCAGUGAGGAAUUCACAAACAUCGCCAAACCCUUCUGGAAAGAGGCUGGUGUUGAAAAAAAAAUUGAUUUACGCAUUCAGCCAGCAGUGAAAACCCUCGAUGAUCUCCUGUCUUCUGGUCAGGCGGAAACGUUUGACUUUGUGUUCAUCGACGCCGACAAAACCAACUACGACAACUAUUACGAAAAAUCCCUUCAGCUGCUAAGAAAAGGAGGCAUCAUCGCAAUCGAUAACGUGCUGUGGGGCGGACAGGUGCUCAAUCCGUCUCCUGGAGACGCAGACACCGUGGCGAUCGACAAGCUGAACAAGAAGCUGCACAGAGACUUCCGGGUCACACUGAGCAUGCUCACAGUGGGAGACGGGCUCACUCUGGCCGUCAAACUGUGAAGUCAGGAAUGUGCGGCAACGUAGUCCAUCUGUAGGAAGCUGGGAACGUUGUCUCCUUAGUGGAGAAACUGGAACAACUGAUGUUUACUAACCAAAACAAGGAAUCUAUGUAGGAAUCUAACAACAGCCUUUACUUUUUAGGCUUCUCGUUAGGUCCUGUGAUUAUUGUCAAUUAUUUUGUAUGAACCUUUUCAAUGUUGUCUCCUAAUCAAAUAAAAAUGCACUUUUUAAUUUA